AUGAUAUGUUUGUUUCUUUUCAUUUUUCGCUCUUUCUUUCUCUUUAGCUAUCUAUCUCUUUCUCUAUCUCUCUCCAUCUUUCUCGCUCUCUCUCUCUAUCUAUCUAUAUAUAUAUCGCUUUUCACUUUCUUCUUUUUUCCUUCUUUCAUUUGUCUGUCUCUUGUUUCCCACUUUCUUUCUUUCUUUGCUUCUUUAUUUCUUUCCAUCCUUCCUUCCUUCCUUCCUUCCUUCCUUCUCCCCCCCUCUCCACUUUUCCUCUCCUUUCUCUCUCUGUCUCUGUAUAUAUUUCUUUCUUUUCAGUUCUUUUUCCGCUCCCCCCCCCUCUCUCUCUCUCUCUGUAUAUAUCUCUUUCUUUUCGGUUAUCUCUCCCCUUCCCUCUCCCCUCUCCCUCUCUCUUUCUUUUGUCUCUUCGUUUCUUUCUUUUUUCUUUCCUUCCUUCCUUCAUUCCUUCCUUCCUUCCUUCCAUCUUUCUUUUUUUCUUUCUUAUCUUCCUUUCUUUCUUAUAUUUCUUUCUUCUCUAGUGCUUUUUUCUUUAUCUUUUUCAUUCUUUGCUUCUUUGUUGUUGUUUUUUUUCUGUCAUCUCACUUUUUUCUUCUUUGCUGGUAUUUUUCUAUUCUUUCAUCUCUUGGAUUUUUCUUUGUCAAUUUCCUUUCUUUUUUCCGUCUUUCUUUUUUCUACCUCUCUAAUUUUGUUUUACCUUCUCUCUUAUUUUUUAUAUAUUCCGUUUUUCGUGUUUUUUAUCUACUUCAACUCUCUCGCUUUCUUUCUUUCUUUCUUUCUUUCUUUCUUUCUUUCUUUCUUUCCUUCAUUCUUUCAUGCUUGCGUUUAUUUUCCAUUUAUUUUCUCCAUUUUCUUUUUCUUUUCCCUCUUUUUUUUUCAUUUCUCUUUCAUGCCUUUUCUCUCACUUUCGCAUACUUAUUCUGUCUUCUUAUAUUUAUUUUCUUUCUUUCUUUUUUCCUUUCAUUUUUUCUUUUAUGA